GAUUUCAAACUCAUAAGAGACACACAGAGUCACAUCGGGUUGGCCAAUCAAACGCAGUCUGUCUCUAAAGAGUGGAGAAAGUUUUAAGAUGAUCUUCAUUCAACACAAGAAUUUGAACAUGAUGACAUCUCCAAGGUUUGCCGUCUAUGUGACAUGUUUGUUCUUGUUGAAAAUGGCUCAUGCAACUGAUCCUAAAUUGUCGUCACCUGUGCGUCAAGAAAGAGGUUUUGCAUCAGUCGAUGUUGGAGACAACAUUACUUUGGAAUGUGUCUAUCAGAAUAACGAUGGAGCAUGGCUUCACUGGUUUAAGCAAACGCUGGGACAGAGACCAAAGCUGGUCUCCUCCUUUUAUACGUACAGCCCAAAAGGCAGUUUUCAUCAUGAAUUUGAGAACAAUACACACUUUACACUGGAUACGAAUAAAUUAGGUGAAAAAGUCAUUCAAAAUCACUUGACAAUUUUUUAUUUAAAAACUUCAGACUCAGCAACUUACUACUGUGCAUAUAGCAAUUCAUUUAUGUUGACCUUUGCCGAGGGCACAGUUGUCAGUGUGCAGGGUUCUAGUACAAACAUCCCAGCUUUGCUCCAUCAGUCACCAUCAGAGACCAUCCAGCCAGGAGGCUCUGUGACUCUGAACUGUACAGUACAAACUGGGACCUGUGAUGGACAACACAGUGUUUACUGGUUCAAAGACUCUGAAGAAUCUCAUCCAGCACUCAUUUACACUGAUGGAGGCAGCACUGAUCAGUGUGAGAGGAAACCCAACACACAAACACACACCUGUGACUACAACCUGCCGAUGGAGAACCUGAAUCCGUCUCAUGCUGGGACCUACUACUGUGCUGUUGCCUCCUGUGGACACAUUCUGUUUGGAAACAGGACCAAACUGGACUUUGAGGAUGAGCUGGACUCUCCUUUCUUUGUCUAUUUCUUAAGUGGAUCUUUGGUAUUCACCAACAUCCUAGUUGUUUUACUGGCUCUUUCAGUGUGCGUGAUGAACAAGACUAAAAGCUGCCAAAGCACAGAAUCUCGAGCAAGAUAUCCAGCUCCCUCCACGGCAAAUGCAAAGGGUGACCCAAACAAAGAAAUCCUGUAUUAUGCGGCUUUAAGUGUCCACCUGCACAACGGAUCAAGAAGACAGACGGAUCAGACCUGGAGUGAAUGUAUUUAUUACAGCGUGACGCAGUAGAACUGGACAUGUGACAACGUUUUCUUUUUCUUUAUUUGUAAAUUGUCCAUCCUUUAUCAAUAAUUGUUUUCUGUCUUGACGUAUAUUUAGAAGCUUAGA